AUGCGUGCCUGUACCGCUGUGGUGACUGAGAUAUCUUUCAACCAUGCACCAAACCGUUACAGAGCAGAGAUUGAAUUUAUUUCUUUGGCAGAGUGGGAGGAGGAAUUAAAAUUAAUUUUUGUACAUGAAAAUGUGUCAAAUGUUCUAGGGAAAACGAUUGAAUUCACCGAAGAUGAUCCGAUUGUUUUCUACGCCCAACUUCAGAAAUAUGUUGACAGCAAAACCAAGACCCGAGGCAAAGGCAUGAAGGGAAAGAGCAAAACUGGUGGUCAAAAAGGUUGUAAUGGAGGUUUGCGGAACGCGAAGGAAAGCGUGGGAACAAGCAUGGAGUUUUGGCCUUUGAUACGCAUCGUUCGCUUGUAUGUCAAGGCGCCUGUUCUUGCUACUGGAGCUGCCAUUGUCGACUUGCCUGGCAUGCAGGAUGCCAAUGCUGCGAGAGCUGCAGUUGCGUCUCGAUACAUUGAACAAUGCUCCUCUCUUUGGAUAGUGGCUCCCAUAACGCGAGCAGUGGAUGAUAAAACAGCGAAGACCCUUCUCUCAAAUAAUUUCCAAAGACAAAUCCAAAUGGACGGCACCCUUAGUGCAGUUACAUUCAUAUGUUCCAAAACUGAUGAUAUUAAUUUAUCAGAAAUGGUUCUUGAUUUUGAGGAUAUAGUCGAUGAGCCACUUUCGACUCUGGAAACUCCAGAAAUUUCCACUACACUCCUUCAGGAGAACCUCGAAGCCUUGAAAGAUGAGCGCAACGAAAUUGUUAUGUCAAUGGAUGAUAUUUGUGAAGAAAUGGCUGCUAUGGGAUGCAGUUUCAGUCCGUUGAAAGGCAAUGAUGGCUCUCCAAAAAGAAAUAGACCAUCCGACUAUUACCCGGACUUCAUACGGCAUGGGGAAAACGCCACCAACGAAUGUGGCCCAAACGACAACAACAUGGAAAUAAAUGACGACCAGCCAGCAGAUUUUGUAGAAAAGAGAUGGUGUGAUGCUUCAAAUAAACGAAAACUCCUGUCCCAUCGAAAAAAACUGAUUGACUCGGAGAUAAAGCAGGUGAUCGAGCUAUUGAAUAAUGCUCGGGAAAACGAGAAAAGAAAACAAAAUAAACUAGCUCUAAGGUGUAUUAUAGAGAGAAACCAAGCCGUGAAGGCCCAAAUUCGGCAGGACUUUACUGAUGGGGUUCGGCAAUUGGACGAGGCAAAUGCGGAGGGGGAGAGUUUUGACCCGAGUGUUGAUUUCAGGGAUUACGAUCAGGUUGCCAGAGCACUUCCGGUCUUUUGUGUGUCCUCCAAAGCAUAUCAAAAAUUGAAAGGGAGACUCCGUCGCGACCAUGCCGUCAAAGCAUUCUGUAAUACCGAGGAAACUGAGAUACCAGCUCUCCAAGCUCAUUGUCUGAGUUUGACCAUCGCUCAACGCAAAUCUGGCUGCCAAUCGUUCCUAAAUGGGCUACAACAGCUCGUGAACUCUUUGGAUCUGUUAUGUUCCAUCAGUGGUUCUUCAGAGUCCCUAUGCGAGGAGCGCAAAGAAAAUAACCGUGUUUUCCUGCAAAGUAGAUUGGAUGCUCUGCAACUGGACCUGGAGAAUCUAACUGGAGAACUUUUGGCUGAAAUCACCAGCGCCAUCAAGAGUAACAUUUUCGAUAAAUUUGACGCCAAGGGGUUUACAAACAUCAUGAUCCAACCUAUGAUGCCAAUUCUUGCGGCUAGUUGGGAACGUUCCUUCUCGCGUCUAAUCCCGAAAAUGCUAUCCCGAUUUGCCGAAACUUCGUACGGCUAUGUAAAAGGAUUGAAUGAGAGUCUUGCGCCUCGUCUCUCUGCUAGGACAGCUAAUCCUAACAUAACACUGAAGCUGAAGUCUCAGCUUGCAACCUACCAGGCUUCUUUCAAGGAGAUAUCCUCCGCGAGUGAUGCAAUGUUGAAUCAAAGCCAUAAGGCAGCAAAUCGUGCAUUCGUUCCGAUAAUUGCAGCCGAGUUGAAGGAAGCCUAUGAGGACUGUGGGUCUGCAAGUGGACAGGGAGUUUACAUACGCAUGAAAAACAUCAUGACUGAGCAUGUGCAAAAGGGUCGCCACGAAAUGUUCCGCAAAAGCACAGAACACGUCCAGUCCGAGCUGGAAGGUACUCUCCAAGCCAUUAGAAACUUCCUUGCUCUGAAGAUCGAAAUGCUCUUCCAGACGAUUCGUCUGGAUUACGAAAAUGCAUUUGAGAAGUCGCAGACUUCUGAGGAGAAGGCGCUGAACAAAGAACUCAAAAAGCUUCUCCAAAGGAAUACGAUUUUUAACGGCACAACAGCAUCCACUUCAACAUCCGGCGAUGUACAGUGCCAACCAUUUAAUUGGAUCAAGAAUGAAGUGAAUGCGGAUUUCGCAUGA